GCCCGGGGGCGGCCCGGGGCUAAGCCGGGCUAGGCGGCCGCGGCAGCGCCAGAGCCGUGCGGGGCUGCCAGCAGUUACUUCUGUAGCAUUGUGCCCGUCGUGCAGAUCGACCUUCAGGUGCUGCCGAUGUGCACAGCGCGCCAGGUAAGAAUUUCAGGUCUAAUGAUUGCAGCAGGACACAGGAGCCGGGGCUGGGGCUGCACUCGCUGCUGACCCCGAGACGGUGGCUGCCCCUGGCCAGGACCAUGGCUUCCAUCUCAGAGCGCACCUUCAUCGCCAUCAAGCCUGACGGCGUGCAGCGGGGGUUGGUGGGAGAAAUCAUCCGGCGCUUCGAGCAGAAGGGCUUCAAGCUGGUGGCCAUGAAGCUGACACACGCCUCUGAGGACCUUCUGAGGGAGCACUACAUCGACCUCAAGGACCGCCCGUUCUAUGACGGCCUGGUGCACUACAUGCACUCCGGGCCUGUUGUAGCUAUGGUGUGGGAGGGUCUUAAUGUGAUUAAGACUGGAAGAGUGAUGCUGGGGGAAACUAAUCCCAUGGAUUCCAAGCCUGGCACUAUUCGCGGCGACCUCUGUGUGCAAGUUGGAAGGAACAUCAUCCAUGGGAGCGACUCUUUAGAAAGCGCCGAGGCAGAGAUCAACCUGUGGUUCACUCCUGAAGAACUGGUUGAGUACAGGAGCUGCGCUCACGAAUGGAUCUACGAGUAGAACUGAGGCUCUGCCUUUGGUAUCUGGCUGUGCUCUAGUUAGCUCCAGCCCUUGCAUCACCUCCUGCAAACCUGCGUCGGAAACCUGCCACUGCACCGCUGUGAAUACUGAGCAGCGGCCGCUGUUGCUUUGGUUAGAAAACUACCAAGCUGUAGAUAGAAAUGUGCUUUAAAAACGUUUCAGAUGUUUAUGUGGGUGGUAGAGAUGAAAUUAAACUGUAGAGAAGCAAAACGUUCCUCGUUAAUAACACAGAACACGGCUUCACGAAACGCUUUGCAGCUGCAGGGAGGCAGAGAGGAGCGCGC